GAUUAGAAACGCCUGGCAGGUCUGGUUGUAGAUGUGUUGCACAGUCGAUCCGACGUGGUAGCCAUGCCAGCGCUCGCGUCGCCGCUGAGACUCUGCAGAGGGAUACUAAAGGAGCUACGUUACCUGCAAGGUCCAAGUUAUAAACAAUCUCCGGCGUACAAUCAUGUUAUGGAUCAGUUUCGCAGGAAUAAGGUGACAGAAGAAAGGUACUGCCGUGCCCAGCAGGAGGCACAACAUGCAGCGCACACAUACCUGUGUCUGCUGGAGUCCACCAGGAACCACCUGGUCCUCCACAACCUUUACCACGCCAAGGGGGAGCGUAACCCAGAGGAAGUAGCAGGACUGGUGGGGCUCAAGUUGCCGACACAGCCGGGAGGGAAAGGCUGGGAGAAGUGAGAACGUGUGAGAGACCAGCAAGGACAGAAAACCUUUCCAGAAAUGACUUACCUGUUCCCCAGGCCUCUCCUGGUGUACAGGAUUCAUUUAAUGACGGACCGAAGAACUUGAUCUGUACCUGUUUGUUAGUUUUUGUUCAAUGAAGACAACAAUGUGUACAGAGUAAAUGUAGCUAGGGCUGUAAAUCCUUUCUUGAUCAUUUGAAUCACACAGCUUUCCUCUGUGUUUUGGGGAUUAGAGUCCAAACUGUAAAUGAACUAAUGUCUGGAUUACGUCUUUUAUUAAAAGAUGUAAUGAUAAACAAA